GCCCUAAGAAACUUGUACAAAUGUUAAUCACUAAAGGUGCUGAUGUCAAAGCAGAAUCUAGAGUUGGCACUCCACUGCAUGCUGCAUCAGCUGGUGGCCAAAAGGACAACGUUGAGGUUUUGUUGGAAAACCAUGCUGACCCAAAUGUGGUUUCUCCUGAACACCGUACCCCAUUGAUGUUAGCUAUCUCUGCUUUGUCAGUUGACUGCGUGAAGCUGCUGCUUGAGGUCUCUUUCUCUCUCUCUCUCUCUCUCUCUCAGUCUGAAUUUUCAAUAUUUUAGAAUCAUUUUUUUUUAAUUUCCAUAUUUUAAAAUCUUUUUUUUUUAAACUUUUUUGGCCAGUAAAAAUAUUCAUAUUGGAGCAAGUUUUUUUUUUUUUAUUUUUAUUUUUUAUUCCCUGAUUCUAGAAGGCCACCAACACGUGGGCAACAUUGAAGUAGGUGUUUUGGAGGAAUGUCUAGAUUAGCAACCAUAAUUUGGUGAUUCUCAUGCAUCUUGCAACUUAUGUAGUAUGAGUUCUGCAAGUAGACAUUAUUCAAAGUCUCAAACAUGAAAACAUAAGAAUAGAAGUGUGAUUAGAAUCUAGCCCCACAUGUGAUUGUGGUGCCGCUCUUGCAUGAACUUGUGUACAGGGAAAAGCUGAUGCAAACCACACAUCAUUGAGUGGAUCAACAACUUUAGCAUUGGCAGCACAUAAAGGGUCGCCUGGAAUUAUUAAUUGCCUGUUAAAAUAUGGAGCCAAUCCAGAGGCCAUUGAUUGUGUGAGUUAUAUCAGUUUUUUUGGGUUUACAUGUAUCUUUUAUUGUUCAACAUUUUCAAACAAUUUAACCAGUUACAAUGUGUAAUCAUUUUCACAACAUAUUAACAUAUGCUGAAAUAGAGGCAAAACUUCUUAUAACAGAUCUUGGUUGUUAAUCAAUUUCUCAUUUAACAAUAGAGUUUAUGUCUGUUUUAUUUUGUUAAUAGUGCUUGAAAACUACAAUGGUAAAUCUGACAAAUUAAAAUUUUACCAUAUUCAGUUUAAGUUAUUCUACUGAACACAUUUGAUACCGAGUCCAUGUUCAGUUCAUUUGUUAUUAAUCUAGCUGGAUUCAAGUUGAAUUAUUUUUAUGAAGCUCAUUUCUUUUCAUCACAACAUAGUAAAUCAAC